GUUUCGUGUCAAACGUAUCGCUAAUUGUGUGUCAAUUGAGUGGCGAUUCACUCUGGCAAUCAGCGCAUCAUUUGGUCAUUUGUGGUGAUAAUGUCUGUCAUAUAUCGAGGACUGGUGUCGGCGGUGGAUCGGGUGGUGCCUCGAGCUGUCCGUCCCCUCUGGGAACACGAGGCCGGACCUAAAACCGUCUUUUUCUGGGCGCCGGCCAUGAAAUGGGGUCUGGUAAUCGCCAGCAUUUCCGACAUUCAACGGCCCGCAGACAAACUGUCGGCGCCUCAAACGGGUGCGUUGGCGGCCACGGGUGUGAUUUGGUCGCGAUAUUCAAUGGUUAUAACGCCCAAGAAUUGGAGUCUCUUUUCGGUGAACCUCUUCGUCGCCGGCACUAAUCUCUACCAAUUGUUUCGCAUUUUUAAUCACAACCGAAGUCUUAAACACCAAUAAUUGGUCGCUAUUUAUAGUGAAUUGUAGUCUAAUUUAACAGUUUGUUAAACAAUUAGUCAACUAUUUGUAGAUAAAUAUACGGAACUGUUAUUUAAGUUAAUAUAUUAUUUAAACGCGAAUUUUUACGUAACUUUUUUGGAUAAGUUAUUAGGAUUUACCGG